UCGGAGCCCACUUCCUGUGCUGCCCUAGGGGCGGUCCCUCUUCUCCCGGGCUCCUUCCGUCCCGCCCUCCGACCUGGCUCGGCCGCCCCCGGAAAGCAAAGACGGAUUAGCCCCCCUUCCGGGGGGGGGCGGGGGCUCCGUGACGUCAUCAGCAUUUUCGCUUUUUCGUCUCCGAUUGGUCGAAGCUGCCCGGAACAGCAGCCAAUCGGCGCGCGCGUUGUUGGCCGGCUCCCGCGCCGGCUUUUGCUCUCUCCUGCGCCUGCGUGAGGUAGCGCCGAGCCGGGAGGGACCAAAACAGUUGUUGGGAAACCCAGAAGUGACCUCGGCCGGGACGGGGGAUGGUCCAAAGGGGCAGCGCCGCCCCCCUGCAGAGAUGAUCCGCAUUGCAGCCUUGAAUGCCAGCUCCACUGUAGAGGAUGACCAUGAGGGAACCUUCAAGAGCCACAAGACCCAGACCAAGGAGGCACAGGAAGCGGAAGCUUUCUCCCUGUACCACAAGGCCUUGGACCUGCAGAAGCACGACCGGUGUGAGGAGUCCGAGAGGGCCUACCAGGAACUGCUGGAGACCCGCCUGCUGCGCGAGGUGAGACCCUGGCCCGGGUGGCAGGGAAGGCGCGCCGUCCCCCAGAGUGCCUGCCAUUUCUGGGCACGGUGGGGUCCCUCCCCAUCCAUGCUCCCCGGCUCUGGCCAGCCCCUCACCUCCAGUUCUCUGCCUCCCCCAAAGGAGCUGUUGCCCAUCCGGGCCUCUCUGGUCUCUUCAGGUUCCAGCGGGGUGACUAUUGCUGGGCCCCUUGGGCGCCACAUUGCCCUUCCGAGCGGCCAAAUGCGUCCCCAGCUCCACCAACAAUGCAGCAGCUUCCCUGUUCCCUUUCUGUCGUGCUGGCCCGGGGCCAGCCGCGUCUCAGUGUCUCUCGCCCCACCCCCACGGCCUCCCAGAAUGGGGACUCUGGGUACCGGGCCCGCAGGGGCGCCCGGGGACAAGUCCAAGAAGGGCGAGCAAGCGGCGUGGCGGAGGAGAGCGGGACGCCAAGGGCCGGGCGUAAACCAAUGUAAGAAGGAGGAGAAGGUCGACUUCCAAGAGCUGCUUUUCCGUUCCGCCGCCCAGGAGGGUGGCCCCGCCCACGCCUGCCCUGCCCCGGCGGGGGGGCCCUUUGGAUGUUCAGGGCAUCCCCCACUCCCCACGUCCAGAGAGCUUGGGGGGCCCCUCCCGAUGACUGGCUUUGACUCUUUGUGCAGGCUCCGCAAGCUGGACCCCGAGGAGGAGGACGACCCCUUCGGCGGCUAUGAGGUCCAGUCGGAGGUCAAGCCUGAGAGCUUCCCCAGCGCCGGUGCCCCCCGGCUCUCCUUCGACUCCACCACCUUUGUGGAAUCCGAGCAGCAGGACGUGCACAGGUUCCUCCUGGACAACAUGCCGGGGCCUUGGGAACGUACUCCUCAUCAGGGAGACAUGGACCAGGCGCUGGAGAACUACGACAUGUGCACGGAGCUGCUUCAGAGCGCGGCUGCAGCCGGCGGGCAUCCCGAGGCCCGGAGCCCCCUCAUCCGCCUGCCCAACCUCCACCUGGACUCCGUGGUCUCCCUGGAGGAGAUCGAUAAGAACUUAAAGUCCCUGGAGCGCUGCCAGUCCUUGGAGGAGCUGCAGCGGCUCUACGAGGCCGGGGACUACCAGGCCGUGGCCCACCUGCUGCGGCCCACCCUGUGCCUCAGUGGCUACGACCGCUCCAAGCACCUGGAGUUUGUCACCUCCAUUCCGGAGCGCCCAGCCCAGCUACUCCUGCUGCAGGACGCCCUGCUCAAACUCAAGGACUACCCACGCUGCUUUGAGUGCUCUGAAGUCGCCCUGCACGAGGCCAUCCAGCAGAUGGUCAACCUGACAGAUGCCUCGGCCAAGGAGGAGUGGGUGGCCACGGUCACUCAGUUGCUCCUGGGCAUUGAGCAGGCCCUCUCUGCGGACAGCAGCAUCCUAGACGAGACCCUGCGCACUCCCAGCCUUAUCCGGCUCACCAACAACCUCAUUCAGGUCAUAGACUGCAGCAUGUCUGUCCAGGAGGAGGCCAAGGAGCCGUACGUGGCCUCGGUGCUGCCCUGGGUCAUCCUGCACCGCGUCAUCCAGCACGAGGAGGAGGGCUUCCGGACCCGCUGCCAGCAGCAGCAGCAGCUGCAGAGCCCGGACGACAGUCAAGGGAGACCCGACACCCCGCUGCUCCCGUCCUCGCUCAUGCUGCUCAACACGGCCCACGAGUACCUGGGGAGGAGGUCGUGGUGCUGCAACUCCAACGGGGCCCUGCUGCGCUUCUACGUGCGAGUCUUGCAGAAGGAGCUGGCGGCCUCGGCCUCGGAGGACACGCACCCGUACAAGGAGGAGCUGGAGACGGCCCUGGAGCAGUGCUUCUACUGCCUGUACAGCUUCCCCAGCAAGAAGAGCAAGGCGCGCUACCUGGAGGAGCACUCGGUGCAGCAGGUGGAGCUUGUGUGGGAGGACGCCCUCUUCAUGUUCGACUACUUCAAGCCCAAGACCCUCCCCGAGUUCGACAGCUACAAGACCAGCACGGUGUCGGCCGACCUGGCCAACCUCCUGAAGAAGGUGGCCACCAUCGUCCCGCGGACCGAGAAGCCCGCGCUCAGCCUGGACGACGUCUCGGGUUACAUCGAGGGCACCCUGAGCAAGGUGCCUUCGCUCCCGGAGGGCGCAGACCGCUCUCCUCCCGCGGUGAACGAGCUCUACUACCUCCUGGCCGACUACCACUUCAAGAACAAAGAGCAGUCCAAGGCCAUCAAGUUCUACAUGCACGACAUCUGCAUCUGCCCCACCAGGUUUGACUCGUGGGCCGGCAUGGCGCUGGCCAGGGCCAGCCGCAUCCAGGACAAGCUGAACUCCAACGAGCUCAAGAGCGACGGCCCCAUCUGGCGCCACUCGGCCCCGGUGCUCAACUGCUUCCGGCGGGCGCUGGAGAUCGACUCCUCCAACCUGUCGCUGUGGAUCGAGUACGGCACCAUGUCCUACGCGCUGCAUUCGUUUGCCUCGCGGCAACUCAAACAGUGGAGGGCCGAGCUGCCCGCCGAGGUGGUCCAGCAGAUGGAGGAACGCCGAGACAGCAUGCUGGAGACGGCCAAGCUGUGCUUCACGUCGGCCGCGCGCUGCGAGGGCGACGGGGACGAGGAGGAGUGGCUCCUGCACUACAUGCUGGGCAAGGUGGCCGAGAAGCAGAAGCAGCCGCCGGCCGUCUACCUCCAGCACUACCAGCGGGCCGCCCACUACCUGCACGAGGAGGCCGCGCGCUACCCCAAGAAGAUCCACUACCACAACCCCCCGGAGCUGGCCAUGGAGGCGCUGGAGGUCUACUUUCGCCUGCACGCUUCCAUCUUGAAGCUCGUGGGCAAACCCAACGCCGGCGUCGACGCCGAGAGCCUGGUCGCCUUCAUGAAAGAGGCCGCCGACGGGCCCUUUGCCAGGGGCGAGGAGAAGAACACCCCCAAAGUGUCCGAGAAGUGCCUGGGUCUCAGCAGUGCCCCAAAACUUCCCUUUGAUGGAUCCCCGCCGUGGCGGGUGGCCUGGGGCGGGGGAGAUUGGGGACUGAAGGAGGCCCCCCCGCUCCUGGGAGGGGCCCCCAAGCUGAGCGGUGCCGACAGGAAACCGGAGUUCUCAGAUGUGCCUGGGUUCCGGGGGGAGAGAGGGCAGAAAGAGACGGGGGAUCCGGCCGAAGCCAAAAAGGGGAAGCCGGGCUCGCUGGUGGCUCAGGCUCCAGACUCAGGGUGCGGGCCUGGCCAGGGUGGGGAGGAGGGUGAGCCCCCGGGCCGGCCCUGGAGGGCCCCCCCCUUCUCCUCUGGGGCCGGGCCCUGGGAGAAGGCCGCCUCCUGGGAUGGCCCCUUCUUCACAGGCCAAUACUUGGCUGAAUUCCGGUGCUGCUCAGGGCAGACAGAAGGGGGAGCUCUGGGCCCAAGCAGCCAAGCUGGGUCUUCCGCUGGAGGGGUGUCUGUGGCCGGGGUCUGUGCCCGCCUUCCCUCUGGAGAGUCGGGGGCUCCUCGGGCCGGGGCCGUGGCGCCUGGCACAGAGCAGGGGGCUCUGCCCACAGGCUCCCCUCCCCUCCCUUCCGGGGAGCGCCCGGCAAGCCCCCACCCCUGCUUCUGGGCGGGAGGGCUUGUCCACCAGAGGGGCCGGGGCCAGGAGGAGGUGCAGGACGGAGCCGGGCGUCCGGGCCCCAAUCCCAAGGCCCCUUCCCGUGCCCUGAGGUGGGGUGGGGCCUUCGCCCAAGGCAAUUCCCCAGCUUCCCACCUGCGACUUGUCAGGUUUCUGGACUACUCGGGCACCCCUGUGCUGUCCAGGGAGGAACCAGGAGGGGUGGGGGGCGGGGGCACGUGGCUGAUUGGCAGCUGCGCUGGGUGGGGGCGGGGCCCUGCAUCUGAGCUCCGGCCAGAGGACUUGAAGAGGAACAGCCUCAAUGCUGGGGCCCAAGGAGGAAAGGGGCCUUCUGGGGUGGGAGAGGGCCGGGAGACCCCCAAACCCGGGGCGGCCGCCACACAGCUCGCUCUGCCGCUUGUUCUGGACCUUCGAGUCUUGUUCCAUCAGCCCCCCCAGCCCAGAUCUUUGGGGGCCCUGGAGGGUCCCGGCCCUGGACCUGGAGAGAAAGGUUUGGGUGCCCAGGCCCACAGGGGCCCGGGGGAAGGACCCGGGGGGCCGGCGGAGCUGUCCCUGGGAGGGGCGGACCUCCCGAAGCCCCCGCCACCCGGCCCCAAGGGCCCCUGGGGGGGAGGCGGCAGAAGGCGGAAGAAGGGGCUGGGCCCGAGUGGAAGGCCUCCUCCUGGCCUUCCCGAGUCUGGGGCCGGGUUGCCUGACCGGGGAGGAGAGAGAUUGUCUGAGCCACAGCUUCGCAGAGCCCAGAACUUGAUCCGCCCAAGCUCUCGGGGUGGCUGUGGUGGCAUCUGUGCCCAUUUUUCAGUAGAGGAACUGAGGCUCAUAGAGAUGAAAUGGCUCGUCCAUGGUUGUGCCCCUAGCAAGCAAGUGCAGGGGAUGGAAUUGAGACUUCAGGUCUGGUGGGCCAAGGGCCAAAUGAGGCAGCGUGUACCCCAAGUACCCCAAGCUGCAGGUUGCCAUGACACCCCCUCUCUCCUGGAGGUGGACUUGUGGGCCUCAUUAAAGCCGCAGUUUGCUCCCUCUGCCCGCUGCUGGGAGCAGUCGGGACUCGUACAGAAGGAAAAGACGGCCCGUCCCCUCCCGCUCCGGGCUCGGCUGCUCCGGAACGUUUCACGGGGGGAAUCGCCCGCUGGAGUCUCCUCCUCUGCCGUCCCGGCGCUCACGUUCGCCGCUUACCUCAGAGCCGUUGUAGGGGCGCCUGUCCCCGCCCGCGGGCUCGGCGGGAGUCGGGGACUGCGCCCGGACUCCCGGGCCCUCGGCCCACGAUCUCGCUUUCCGCAUUCCCGUUCUGGGGGCGGGCGGCAGAGGGGCUGCUUCCUUCCCGCCCUCCCCGUGUGCAGAGGCUUCCCCUCACGAGAUCGCCUCCCUGCCGUCGGCCCCGCUCUUUUGGUGGGAAGCUUUGGGAAGAGCCGGGAGCGGCGGCCCCGCGAGUCUGCUGUGGGCAGCGGGAGAGCGAGCGCGUUAAGGGGCCCGGCCCUGGGGGCUCAUCCCUCCUCCCGGACCUCCUGCGGCCCCGGCCCCUCUUGCCUGCCGGUGGCCAGGCCGGCUCUGACUUUGUCCUCGCCUAGCCCUUGGGGGGAGGGUCCUUGGGGCCGAAUAGAUGCGAACCCUCAUCCCGUCCUCGGUGGCCGCCGGGCCUCCCGGCCCUCAGCCCCCGACUCUGGGGAAUUGGGGAGAAAGCUCAGGCAGAGAUCCGCUGUCCGAGGCUGGAAGGCUCUCAACCUAGGAGUCAUCUGGAUCCUCGCUGUCCCUCAUCCAAUCUGUGGCCAACACCUGCCCAUCUCCCCUCUGCACCAUCUCUGUACUUGCUCUCUAUUUUCUCUCUCUCUUCACCCUCUUUCUGUGCCCCCACAGGCCACAGGGGACACCCCCACCACACCUAAGCCCCCUAAGGACAGCAGAGAGAGCUUCUUCUGGGCCAACGCAACGGCCUCCCCGGCCCUCCAGCCCGCACCCUCAAACCCUGACCCGGCGCUCGCUGACGCCUCGCCCAGAACCAAGCCGGCUUCUGCCUCCAGGGAUCCCGAGGCCCUUCCGAGCAUGGCUUGUCCGGCUCCAGGGGAGGAGCCGGUGGCCGGCGGUCGGAAAGGCGCCUCGGGACCUCCUCAGCAGGACGCCCACCUCGGGCCGCAAGUGGACCCGGCCGUGGCUCCCAUGCCGGACCCCGAGCUUGGGCACGUCGAGUCCGUGAGCGGCGCCAUGGCGGGACGCGCCUGUGCUCAGGCCUCCGGCUCAAAGCCUUCGGGAAGCCUGGCCCCCCGGCCAGAGCCCCCCCGGGUUAAAGCCCGCCUCCUGCCCACCAUGCCCAAGCUCGUCAUCCCCACCUCCAUCUCCAAGUUCCCCCCCGAGAUCACCGUCACUCCCCCGACCCCCACCCUCCUCUCCCCCAAGGGCAGCAUCUCUGAGGAGACCAAGCAGAAGCUAAAGUCGGCGAUCCUGAGCGCCCAGUCCGCGGCCACCGUGAAGAAGGAGAGCCUCUGCCAGCCCGCCCUGGAGAUCCUGGAGAUGUCCAGCCAGGAGUCGUCCCUGGAGAGCGAGAGCGACGAGGAGGACGACUACAUGGACAUCUGAGGGGGGCGGGUGCUGCACCCGGGGGGGCGGUUUCCAUAGCGCCCGGGCCGAGGGGUCGGUGGGCCGUUCCCGGGGGAAGGGCCGAUUCCCCGGGGCAUCUUUUUGUACCAAGCGUUAGUUUUGUAAGGUGGCCGGGGUGGAAGCGCCGGGACCAACCCGGGCCUGGGGACCGCGGGGGCCCGGGUGGCAUCCUGGCAGCGCCGGCCCAGAGCUGGGCGGGUUUGCUUUUCUAAUAAAGUGGGAACAUGCGA